GGAGGAGGAGGAGCAGGAGGAGGAGGAGGAGCCAGAGCCCGGGGGGUUCGUGAGGCCCCGUCGGGGUACAUCAGGGUGAGCCAUGCCGCUGCCCAAGAGGGUCGUCGAGCCAGUGCAUGUGGCCCGUGGCACCAUACCCGAAGACUUCCCCCUGCCCUCGGAGCUCGAGGCCGUCACCAACGGCACCCUCGCCAAUACCAUCAGGCAACUGUCGAGCCUCUCGAGGCACGCUGAGGAUCUGUUCGGCGAGCUCGCGAAAGAGGCCCACGGCCUCAGCGACCGGGCCAACUCGCUCCAGGCCAGGAUCGACAGGCUCGCCGUGAAGGUCAUACAGCUCGAUAGUAACGUUGAAGAAGUUUCGCUUCAAGACAUUCACAUGAGGAAAGCCUUUAAGAGUUCAGUCGUCUUCGAUCAGCAAGUCGUCUCCAGGGACACAAUGCCAACCGCCAUGAUGGAAACUUACCAUUUGUGUGAUUCUCCACCACCACUUAACAAGUUGAACGAUUACAGGGACGACGGAAAAGAUGGCUUAAAGUUUUAUACCGAUCCCAAUUACUUUUUCGAUUUAUGGAGUCAGGAGAUGCUCAAGGAUACUGAAAAGAAAUUGCAUGACAGAGGAAAGAAGACCGAGUCCGAAUAUGCCGAACCGUUCAGAGAGCCCCACAGGCCUCGGAACGACGGAGGCGGGAGCGGCGGAGGCCGGCACAAGAAGCGCGUGAGGCAGCCCCACAAUACGCGUGAGCGCCAGCGGCAAAUCGCCGUCGGCCAUGGCGAGUACAUAAUGCCGUCCCAGGGCAUUCAGUACAGGUCGAGUCACGGCAUCCCGGACGAGGCACUCCUCGGAAUGGUGAUGACGGAGCCCAGGCCCCCGAGGCCCAACAGCAUCGAGCUCAGGCGCAGCUACCCGCCCGAGGAGCACCAGAUCUACAGUCCCCCAAUGUCCGAGCAUUACCGCGCGGCCAACUAUACCGGACAGGUUCAAGGCUACGAGGACAGUGCCUACGGAUCCCAUUACGCUCCGGGUCAAGGACAAUCUGGCAGCGACACGUACCAGAGCCCUGGAGCCCCGGGGACGCCGAACAGAUUUGGAAGAAGUCGACCGUCCCAGCCACCUCCUGCACCGCCUAGCAACGCGUCUAGUAACUCCACCCCGACGAUAGCCUCAGCGAAUAAUACACCGACGAGAGGCAGAUCUAUGAGUACCGGCAGGGAUACAUUGCCACCACCUCCGCCACCUCCUGGAGAACCCAUGUCGCCGCCUUCUAUGAACGGAACGCUACCGUCACACUUGCUCAACAGAAACGGCAGCCGCUCGAACAGUCCGCUGCCGAAUCACCAAUCCACCCCGACGGUUGCCAGCGUUCAUCUGGGGCAGAUGAUGCCGAUAGGCACGGACGAGACCGAGUCCGUACCCCAGGACUUGCCACCACCGCCGCCGACCCCUGAUCCAGCUCCUCCACGGCCCGUCUCGCCGCCUUGCAAUAUACCACCCCCGCCACCCCCACCGCCACCCCCGCCCAUUUCCAAUGGACCACCCCUCGCGCCUCAAAUGCCCAUAACGAAUGGGGAUAUCGCGAAGAUGAUAGUAAACAACCCACCGAAACUCAAGCCCCUCAAAAGCAUCGUGGACGGCCAACUGAGGAAGCCGAACAAUCCGAACUUACCCGCACCCGUUGAUCCUAGGAACGACCUACUCAAGGCUAUAAGAGACGGUAUUAAGUUGCGCAAAGUGGAGAAGAUCGAGCAAAAGGAGGUGGAGCGAGUGAAUGCAUUGAACGACGUGGCAUCGAUUCUUGCGCGGCGGGUCGCCGUGGAGUUCAGCGACAGUGACUCGGCAUCGGAGAGCGAGUGCGACAGCGAGGGCUGGGGAGAGCAGGAGAAUACGAGCGCGACGAACGUCGCGUGACCCGUCCCCUUGACAUCGAACUCUACGCUCAAGAUAGUGUGAGACCGUUGCUACUUGAAUUGCCCGCCCCUUCGAAUUCCGAUUAUCCAAUUCCUCAUUGUUGCGCGCGUGGAAACGCACGAGUUCUGCGUUGAUCCGCCUUGCAAUUUGGUCACCUUAGGCUUUCGCACUUUUUAUCGAUCACUUUGUAUUUGCUUGAUUGAUUAAUAACAUCAUGAGUAUUAGUGUCACUAAUGCAUUAGCAGUCUUUUUUUUUUUUUUUUUUUU